AUGACUACGAACGUACCUUCGACCGGGGUCGACAAGGGUUGGUAUCGAAACAUGAACUCUCAUCAAAACCCCGACCAAUAUCACAGUCCAGGUCCAGAUGAGUGCGAGACUUUGACUCUCUCAAUGAAGGACCGUCAAGAAUACAAGCAGCAACAGAAUCCAGAUCAGCUCGUGGUUCCAGAUCUGAUGUUGGAGGAGCACCAAAAAGGCAAACAGCAGGGCAAAACAGACGCUUCCGAGGCUCCCAGUGAUCCACUGGACGAGGAAAAAGAGCCUGAACAGAAUCAAAGCCUAGAUGAGCACACUGUUCCAAACAUUCCGCCGGACAACGAGAAAUACUCGCACCCUUUCCAUGGCUCUCCGAUCACAGCAGCUUUGAAAGCACUUGUCGAUAGGAACAUCUCAAUGGUGGAAUACGGGGCACAAGUCCAGUUUAGAUGUGGUUACGAGGAGGUCCCGGUGGUCGUUGAAUGGGCAAUACCCGAUGAGCAGUUGUCGCUAGCCUCUCAAAUCCUAGCCGACCACAACUUCCCCCUUCUCUCGAGUGGAACCAGAUGGUGGUUUGGAUAUUGGGAUACCGGAUGCUUCCGACACGGGUUGGAUCGUGCGGGCUGGAUGUGUGUGCAUCUUCUCCCGCUGUCUUUGGUUGGUCUUACACUUGAGGAUACAACCGAGGUCCCCUCCAUAUUUGCGCCCGAGAUCAAUAUUCUCACUCUGAAGCCUCCUCGAUACAUGCUCUCAUUGAUUCAUCAUCUUCGAAAGCUCCGGAUUGGCGACGCUAGCCGGCUCCGAGUUGAAAAGGACCUCUUGACUUUCAUAUCUUCUUACAUUCUUCAUGGCCCGCCGGGAGAUAUCAAUGCUGAGCUUCUCCAGCAUCUGGUCGAACAAGAGAGCAAAGAAGACAAGCUAAAGAAGUUGGACGAAGGAGUCAAGUUCAUGAAGACAUGGGAAUGGGGUAACGUCGAGGAAACAGACCUGGCCCUUGCUGAACGUGUUGUUCGGGAUUGCCAGUAUGUCGAAAAGCUGACAGAAGUCAUUGAAGAUCCCGCAAGCCCUUGA